AGACUGCUUCUACACAAACAUUUGUGAAAAAAUUGGUAAUUCUCAGGUUGCCACCUGUGCAAUAUGUCCAUCUGUAUAAUUCCCUUGCUACUAAAUAUUCCACAGAUAACUGGUAGUGGUAUUAUAACAAAGUGGAAGCAACUGAGAACAACAGAAACUCAGCCACGAAGUGGUAGGCCACGUAAAAUGACAGAGCGGGGUCAGCGCAUGCUGAAGCACGCAGUGUGCAGAAGUCGCCAACUGUCUGCAGAGUCAAUAGCUAAAAACCUCCAAACUUCUAUGGCCUUCAGAUUAGCACAACAACAGUGUGUAGAGAACUUCAUGGAAAGGGUUUGCAUGGUCGAGCAGCAGCAUCCAAGCCUUACAUCACCAAGUGCAAUGCAAAGCGUCAGAUGCAGUGGUGUAAAGUAUGCCACUACUGGACUCUAAAGCAGUGGAAUCAUGUUCUGUGGAGUGA